CCCUCACCAUGAACCUCGACCGAGACGGCGAUUCGCAGAUGGCCUCUUCGCCAGAAUCCUCCCCGAUGGCCUCCGAUGACUCCAACCCCGGCACCCGCACCCCGACUAACAAGCUCCCAACCCACAUUCCUCAUUUCGACGGCUCCGAACUGUCCCCGCCCGGCUCGCAGACUCAGAGCAGCGCCUUCGAGGGCUCCGGAAAGUCUCACGGUCCCGGGGGACCGAUUGCCUCGCCGUUGGCAGCCCAGGGUCUUCUCCCCCAGGGCGCCCAGCAGUCCGCCCCGGUGGCGUCGUGGAUGAACAAGCGGGCGGAGGAGGAAUACCAACGAGCAAUGGAAUUCGUCAUCGAUCAAGACUUUAGCUUGGAGGAAUUCGGUGAUCCGUUUGAUGAGAGAGAUAUGGAGGAAGGAGCUUAGACGAAGGAGAUGGUCUAUCUGCGAAGUUGUCUUGCAUUGAAGCCAAUGAACAGCGUGGAGACUGGAGUUCUGGGUGUUGGGUGAUCUUCUUGUUCUGAGCGGGGGCGGAAUUUUUGAGGGCAACCGCGAUGAUUACGUUUACGAGCUUGAUUUGCAUUUAGCCAAUCAUGGAAUAGCAUUCGGGAUUCU